AUGGCUGCCUCACAGCUUAUCGCGACCCGCUUUACAGAUUUGCUCGCUGAAGGGAAUAUUGAAAGUGCCCUCAAGUACAUAGCUAAUGAUGUGGUUUACAACACAUGGUUGGGUGUUGUGUACGGAAAGGAUAAUGUGGAAGUAUUUCUGCGCGAUAACGUCCGAUUUGUUCACCACGGGAGGAAUUACAAUCGAUGGAAACAAGUUCAACACAGUUUGGAUGCCUCACUCAAACAGUUCACUGUGAAUGAUGUUAGCGGCUACGACGAGAGCGCGCUUGACGUUCGCUCGUAUUAUGAUUCAGAGGGAUAUGACUCGCAGGGAUAUGCCACAUUUGAGCGUGACGGGACAAUUGCAUCACAUGCUAAAUUCGCUGUGUUUCAUGUAAAGGUGAAGGAGACAGUUGUUUUACGUAACAACAAGGUGGUAUUGGUUAAUGUGUCGAAGCGAGCAUGA